AGAGUGAAUUGCAACUAUAGCUCUAAACAAAACACUGACUGUAGAAAUGCAUUCCUUUGUUUACUUGUUUCUCUCUGCAUUACUUAUCUUUUCAGCAUCUGCUGCUAAUCUCUAUCAGCAAGAUGAGUCUGAGUUUGCUGCUACAGAAGAAGAUAAAUCUCAAUUUGAUGCCAUGGAAAGUGAGGUUGAAGAGCAGGAUCAAGAGCAGACCCAAGCAAUGACACAAAUGGAAGCUUUUUAUAACAUGAUCCCAAAAGUCCAAGAACCCUCUGGAUCUCAAGAUCUCUCCAACAUUCAAGCUACAGUCGCUGAAUCUAUUAUGACACAUCAAUUUUCUGUUGGAAGAGCAGUGGAGGUGAGGUACAUUACUCCAAACAAUGGUCGCCCCACAAUGGAUCUUUAUGACGCACAUGGUAACAUCCUUCUUCAUGUUAAUCCUCGUUGGGACACUCGUGUCUUAGUCCUCAAUACAUAUUAUAAUAAGCGUUGGGGACAUGAAGAGAGACCAAGAGGGUUUGAUUUCAGCUCUGGUGUUCCUAUCACUGUAAGGGUUGAGGCGCAUCACUCUCAUUUUAUUAUUCUUGUCAAUGGACGUAUACUUCAUGCCUACAGGCACAGGCUUAAUAUCAACACUCUACGCAACAUUGUCUUUUGGUGGGCAGGUAGCAGUGCCAAACCAGCUAAGCUGAUCAACCUCAGUGCAUACUAUUGAGAAAAUAACUCAGAACUUGAACUUUUUUGGUAGCAAAGAGUACAUUAGGUACUCUUAGUAUUAGCAAGAUUGUAGCUAUCAUUGUAUAGUUGUUUAGUUUGAUAAUAAUUAUUAUGAUAAUAAAUUUUAA